AUGGAAAGGUUCCUGCGUUCCUGGCGACAGGACGCCUUGAACCGUGGCCAGCAUGAUUCGGCCAUCUACAUUGGCGACAAAGUGCUCGCGCUCACCAACAGUGACUCCGACGCCUUCUGGCUGGCGCAGGUACAUUUCUCCAACAACAACUUCACACGCGCCUUGGCUCUGCUCUCCCGCAAGGACCUCAUCUCGAGGAGUACUGCCUGUCGAUACCUCGCUGCGCAUUGCUACAUCAAACAAAACCAGUUCGAGCAGGCCCUCUCGAUCCUCGGCGAACACAACCCUACAGACUUAAUCCGCAACAACAAUAGUCGUCGCAAGAUCCAACACCUCAACGACCAAAGCCAUGUCACACUCCGGAAUGGGAAGGCAGCGCGCGGGGAGCGAGGAGAUGAGCGAGAGAGGGAGGAUACCAACAAUGUUCGCUUCGAAGCAGCCAUGUGCUACCUGCGGGGUCUUUGUUUUGCCAAGCAGAAUGCGUUCGACCGCGCUCGCGACUGCUACAAGGACGCGGUGCGCAUCGACGUCCAAUGCUUUGAGGCAUUUGACCAAUUGAUGAAGAACUCGCUCAUGUCGCCCGCAGAAGAACUCGAGUUUCUCGAAUCCUUGGACUUUGACUCUAUCAUCUCGCCCGAUCCUUCUGUGGAGCAGGAAGCGGCUCACUUUACCAAAAUGCUCUACACCACCCGCCUUUCCAAAUACUCCUCUCCGAGCAUCCUGGCCGACGCGACUGAAACCCUCUCCACCCAUUACAACCUGGCUGAAAACCCGGACAUACUGCUGUCGCGCGCCGAGGCGCUGUACACCCAAUGCCGCUUUGCCGAAGCCAUGGAAUUGACCUCCUCGAUUUUAUCCACCUCCCAGUCAACCGAUCUGACAACCUCCAACGGCCCGGGUAUUCCUGCACAAAGCCAUCUUGGGCAUACUCCUGCGGUGUAUCCGCUCCAUCUGGCCUGUCUCUACGAAACCGGAGCCACCAAUGCACUUUUCCUUCUAUCUCAUAUGCUCGCGGACCAUGCGCCAGAGGAGCCUUAUACCUACCUUGCGAUUGGGGUCUACUAUCUUGCAGUGUCCAAGAUCGCUGAGGCUCGACGAUUCUUCUCUAAGGCUUCUCUGCUCGAUCCGCACUCGGCGCCAGCUUGGAUCGGGUUUGCACACACAUUUGCCGCAGAAGGCGAACAUGAUCAAGCGAUUGCGGCGUAUAGUACGGCCGCACGACUGUUCCAGGGGAGCCAUCUACCCCAGCUUUUUCUGGGAAUGCAGCAUCUCGCUCUGAACAACAUGUCUUUGGCUCAUGAGUAUCUAUGUGCCGCGUACGCCAUGUCAACUGGAGCGGUCCCCGGGUCUACGCCUUCCCUUCCGGUGAAUAUAUCGCCAGGCACCUCUCUGGGUGGUGACCCGCUCGUCCUCAAUGAACUGGGCGUUGUUCUAUACCAUCAAAACCACCUCGACGGGGCAGUGGAAUUGUUCCGACAAGCCUUGGCCUUGGCCACUUCUCUACAAUGCGAACCCAGCGCGUGGGUGGCCACACGCGCAAACCUGGGCCAUGCCCUGCGCCGCAUGGGCCGAUUGCUCGAGUCUCUGCGUGAGUUCAAUGAAUGUCUGCGCGUGGGCGCCGGUGGAAGCAGCAUGGGAUAUUCGCCUUUCUUGGGCGGCGGUGCAGGAGGCUCCGCGGCGAUCGCGUCCGCAUCAGGCAUCGGGGGCUAUGAAGAUCGUGGGCUGGUCGGGUCUCUCCACACCUCCCGCGGGCUAGUUCUCCUCGAGCUGGGCCGCACCACCGAGUCAGUCACCGCUCUUCACGAGGCAGUUCGUGUGCUUGGGGCCAGCGGGGGUGGCGAUGCAGCGGGGGGUGCCGGGGUUGCGGGCACCCUGCUCUCUCGAGCCCUGGAUAUCUGGGCUUCGGAGGGUCGCGAACGUGACCGCCAUUCCUUGGAAGAAUCACUUCGAUCAGGCAACAGCCGCAGCUCGACACGUUCCCGAAUCCUACCCGGGGAGUGGACGGAUGAGGUCGCGCACGUCGCGACUCCCGAAACAGCCACCGACAACGACACCCUUGGCGCGCGUGUUGAGAUGGAGCUGGAUGAAAAGGCUGACGGGCUGUUACAGCGAGCGUUGGAGCGGGUCCGUCCUGGUAAAUCACGGCCCCCCAGUGCCCGCACCGAUGGGGAUGCGGCUGAGACCCUGGUGCAAUCCGGUCGCAGUCGAACUGGUCGACAUGGGCGGAGUCAGUCACGACAGUAA